AUGUAUGAAUAUGAGAAAGAUAAAGAAAACACCCAGGGCAAAAGGCAAAAAAAACAGAAAACUGUUACAGAUAAACUUAUAAGCAUUUUCAGUAAAUUGGACUAUGUGUCCACAACAGCAGACAUAUGGUCUACAAAAACCAGAAGCUUUCUUGGUGUAACAGCUCAUUGGAUCAAUGAGGCUACACUUGAACGUAUGAGCUGUGUCUUGUCAUUCAAUCGCUUUAAGGGUUCUCACACAUACGAUAAAAUUGCUGAAAUGCUGUUUGAAGUCCAGUCAGAUUUUAGACUAGCACAUGAUCAAAUGAUAUCUACAACCACAGACAACGGAUCGAAUUUCGUUAAAGCAUUCAGAGAAUUUGGUAUUGUCGACUAUGUACCAGAUUUCUCAGGUCCUGAAGAUACAAUGGAAUUGGACAAUUUUAGCGCAAGUGACACUCUAUAUGAAGAGGUGCUUUUAGUUAAUAAUUCUGAAGAACUUGAAACAAGGGAAUUGUAUUUGCCACGACAUCUGAGAUGUGCCAGUCACACUCUAAGCCUUUUAGCCACAACAGACUUGAACAAUUACAUAAAAAAUUCUCUCAUUAGCAGAAUACAUUAUUCUGCCACUGCUAAAUGCACUUUGCUCUGGAACAUGUCAAGAAAACCAAAGUCUGCGGAAAUAAUCAAGGAACAUCUUGGGCAUCAAUUAUUAUACCCAUGUCCAACAAGGUGGAAUUCCCUCUAUGAUGCUAUUCUCCAUCUCAUGAAAAGCAAAACUAAACUAAAUAGUUUAUUUGAACAGUUAGGCAAGGCAAACACAUUUUCAGCAGUAGAACUUGAAUAUUUAGAAGAGUUUUUGGAGGUUUUGAAACCUAUCGCGUCAGCUCUUGACUACCUUCAGGGUGAUAAUUGCUAUUAUGGUAAACUGUUACCCACAUUGAUGACUAUUAAAACCAAACUGGAAAGACUACAAAACAGUAAUCUGCGCCAUUUCUCUCGAGUUGUACCAAAACUACUAGAAAGUUUAGAAAAGAGGUUUGACAAAUUUCUCCAAUUGAGACCUGAAGCCAAUGAAGCUAUUUUGGCAGCUUGUUUCCAUCCAGCGUAUAAAAUGCGAUGGCUACCAGAAACCUGUUCAAACGAGGACAAGCAAAGGUUACAAAAUCUUGCGAUCACAACGUUGGAAUCAGUUUCAGUGCUUCCAAGAAGUGGUAGUGGUAGUUCUAGCAUUAGCUAGAAUGAUGACGAUGAUUUCAUCAUCUUCUCUGAUUAUACACGUGAUAGGCCAGUCACAUGUAUGGAAGUAGAAUUAGUGAGUUUUUUAAAUGAGAAGGGGAAAGAUCUCAGUGCCCUUGAACGCUACCCAAACAUUAAAAAAAUGUUUAUUAAAUUUAAUACCAGCCUAUGCUCUUCCGGUCCAGUUGAGAGACUGUUUUCAUUGGCUGGAUACAUUCAUUCGCCAACUAGACGGAACUUAUCUGACAAUACUUUUAGGAAUUUAGUUUUUAUGAAAGGCAAUUCCU